AUUAAACAACAGUUAUGAAUGAAAACAUGUUGUUAUUCGCAGUUAGGUGUUGUGGAAUCUUCUGGAAGGCAGAGAAUCCGGUGCCAAUUUUGUUACAUAGCAAUGCGCAUGCGCAGUCCAUUUCACGUGGAGUACAGAUUUCCCCUUCAGUCUGUGUCACAGCACGAAAACCUGCAGCUUCACGUCGUCUCCCAGACCACUCACACAUCCAGAAAUGGCCUUCAGAAAAUUCCUCCCCUUGUUCGACCGGGUGCUUGUGGAGCGCUUCACCGCAGAGACGGUGACGAAGGGCGGCAUCAUGCUGCCGGAGAAGGCUCAGAGCAAAGUGCUGCAGGCCAAGGUGGUGGCAGUCGGGCCGGGCUCCGUCAACCAGAAAGGUAACUUGAUGCCAGUCAGUGUGACGGUGGGAGAGAGUGUCCUUCUUCCGGAGUACGGAGGAACUAAAAUCAGUCUGGACAACAAGGACUAUUUCUUGUUCCGUGACGGAGAUAUCCUGGGCAAAUAUGUCGAGUAAAUCAUCAUUUUAUUUUGUGUCGCUAUGGAUCAUGUCAAGUCCCGAAACUUGGAGAGAAGAAAUUAAGUUGCCUCUUUCAUGUCUGUUUUUCUUUAUUAUUAUUUUUCAACGUGUUAUUGCAAAUGUAAAUAAUUCUAAUCCAAUUUUGUUACAAUAAUAAAACUGAACUAUU